AUUAAAUAUGGCGGUGUCCACAAUCAUAGGACGUGCCUGCCGGAGAAAUGCUAAUAUUUUAGGUUCUAUUAAACGUUGGUAUUCAAUAGAGCCUCCUGAAUCAAUAUCGGGUCCAAAGUUAGGACAACUGGGCGUACCUGAUAAUUUAGUGAAAAAUCCUUUGAGCUUUACCGAAAAAAUAGCAAAUAGACAAAUUGUCGAUGAAGAAAUUAUUAAGGUUCAUAACAUUGGGUUUCCUUUUACCUCAAAAACGGCAUCAUAUAAAAAUCGUUUAAAGACAUAUAAAAAAUAUAGCUCAAAAACGGAGUUGAGUGAAGAUGACCGUAUUGGAAGGACAAGCAAAGCUUGGCUUGAAGAGGAAGGACCUUUACAUAAGUUAAGGAUAGCAGAACAUUUUGGAAUAUUCGAACACUUGUUCGAAGGAGCUUACUUUUAUCCGAUUGAAAAAUUAGUUGUUGCUUAUGACUACGAUCAUGAUUUCGUUAGUCCUGUUUAUUAUGGAAAUAGAAUAUAUCCGGCAGAUGCUCAGAAAGCCCCACUUGUACGAUACGCUAGUGAUAAUAAUACUAAAUGGUCUUUAAUCUUAACUAAUCCAGAUGGGAAUUUAAUUGACAAUCAAUCUGAAUGUUUACAUUGGUUCAUAGGAAAUAUACCUGGAAACAAUAUUGAAAAAGGCGACUUUUUAUGCAACUAUUUGCCUCCAUUUCCACCGCGGGGAACGGGAUUGCAUAGAAUGGUAUUUUUAUUGUUUAAGCAAUCAGGAGAAAUAAAUUUCGAAGAAGAGAGACGAACAAACAGUGUAAACUUACAACAAAGAACAUUCAAGGUAGCUGAUUUGUUCAAGAAGCACUCUGCAGAUCUAACACCAGCAGGACUCUCUUUUUUUCAAACCGAGUAUGAUGAUAGCGUUCGCGAAACUUUUCAUAAAACACUAGAUAUGAAAGAACCGUCGUAUGAGUAUGAUUUUGAUCCAUUUUAUAUUUCACCUAUCAAGGAGUACCCUCAUAAAGAACCUUUUGACAAAUAUUACGAUCGUUAUCGUGACAAGAAAGACAUUGGUGAAGAAGUAUUAAAGUUAAAAAUGAAAAUGAUGAGCCCUUUCAAACCUUAUGAACCAGAAUUCAAAUAUCCAGGUGCUCAUGAGCAUUAUAAAACUCAAUGGGGUAAGCAUUAUAAGCCAACUUGGUUAAUGAGGAGAGAAAUGAUGAUGAAUAGACGAUUGGCGCAGUACAAAAGUUUGCCGUAA